UAGGUUUCCUGUUGUUUUUGUUGUGUCCAUUAGACGAUCGCGUCCCUUACGAGAGACGCGAGAUUAUCGCAGUGUAAAGGAAAAACAUAAAAGGACUACACAUGAAGAUAUUUCCCGUCCGGUACUACGAUUUAUUUCCGUAGAGAAGAACAAUUCACGAGCCUACAAAAUCAUCGAAAAAUCAGUAAAUAAUAAAUGAAGGGGCUCCUUAAUAUCGCCCUGAAAAUCCGGCACUCUACGGAUCAACUAUCUUAAAGUAUGGAUGAAUGCAAAAUACUUAUCGAGGAUGAAAAAGAAGAAAUUAUAUCAGACCUCGAGGAGGAUUUUACAAUAGGAUAUUUUAUUCUUUUAGAAGACUUAUUAUCUGGCUAUCCUCAUGUUUCACAAUUUGUACAUAAACUGUAUGAUCAUAUCAAGAAGCAACGAAAGGAAAUUAAUAAUCUACGAAAUAAACUUGCUGAGCAGAAACAUCAAAGCUUACCUCAUGAGAAAACAUAUGUAGACGGUGAAACCCAGACAAACCCCUCGAAUCUUCAUGAAUCUUUAUCACAAAAUAAAUCUUCAUCGCAAGAUUCGGAUAUUAAUAGUAAUGAUAAACCACCUACUACUACAAUAGAUCAAAUAAAAAAGAUAGCGGAAUCAACUUUAUCACAAACUGGUUUUGGAUACAAAGAAACACACGGGAUAUAUUAUGUUUAUAACAGUGGAUAUUAUUUUGACACAAGAUAUGGCCUAUAUUAUGAUGGAAAUACUGGAAUAUGUUACUACUACGAUAAAGUUAACAACACGUAUCAACUCCACAGUCAAGUUGAAGUUCGUACAAAUGAAGCUACCAAUGUGUCUCUUCCUUCCAUGCAAAAGUUGGAGGAUGCUGGGAAAGUAAAUGAGGCUUCAAAUGAGAUAGACGGAUUAAUAAAUAGCUUCUCAGAUAUAACACUUGAAAGAUGUAGGCCACAAAUUCCAGAUUUAGUGAAAAUUGAACCAUGCAUGAGAAUGAUUGUCAUAGAGACCAAUAUGGAGGAAUUAAAAAUAGGCAGUCUCUUUCUCGUAACAUGCACAGGAGGUACAGUAGGUAGAAAAGGAGAUCACUUGUUGUUAAUACCGGAUGAAAGUAUCAGCAAGCAUCACGCACGCUUUAUAUAUGACGAAACUGACAAACAAUAUCGGAUAAUCGAUUAUGGCUCAACGAAUGGCACAUUUUUGAAUGGCAAGAAGCUAUCGGAGUUUAAUCCUUACGUGAUAACGCACGGUUCGACCAUAAAGAUUGGCGAGACAAAACUGGUAUGCCAUAUUCAUUACGGAAGCGAGUCAUGCGAUUAUUGCGACCCGGCAAUCAUGGAAAUCAAAUUGAAUCUUAAGAAAAGUUCCAUCGACAAGCCGAUACCGAAACAUAACAAGGGAUACGAAAUGCUUAUGAAAAUGAACUGGUCGGAGGGUUGUCCCUUGGGCAAAAACAAAGACGGGAUAACGGAACCCGUAAGUUAUUUCCUCAACGUCAUUAACUUGUCUCAGUUAGCGCAAGAGGCGAUUUUUGCGCUUCUGUCUCGCGCAUACACUGUGUCUCAGUUUUGAUACACUGGAUCGCGAUAUCUUCAAGAUAUCCCUGUGAUUUUACAUACACACAUAACACACGCGUUGUAUUGCAUUUAUAUUGUUGAAUGGGAAAUUAUAACAUUGAUGUUAUGUUACUAUUAGUUAAUGCUCACCGGGAUACGGUUGGUACAUGGAAUACGCCAUUCGGCCCAAAUACAUGAUGUUUGAUUGAAUAUUGAAACUGAAAAUUACACUGUAACGAAGAAUCAUAGUUUUCUGCGAUGUUUCAGAUACGUUUUGUAAAGAAGAAAUUUUUUCACAAUUAAGCAGCAUAUAUUGUCGACACCUUGGAAUCAAGUUUUCGUCGUAUGGAAAAUGCGCGACCGUUUCGAAUCAAAAUAAAGUCAUUUUGACUUUCUGACUUUGAUUAUAUGACUAAGUUCUGUUAUAACAAGAAGGAUCUUGGAUCGAUCGAGGAGAACUUUCCCAACAUCGAAAUUGAUCCUAACAUGGAGGAAAAACAAACAGUAUGAUGAAAAACACAAGAACGUUUAUAACGAAAUAAUGGAUUGAGACUCGUUGGCGAGAUAAAUCCCGUAUCAUUUCGAAUUAAAUCGAAAACUUAGAAUACAAAAGUGACUUGCAAUUACUUGUAAAUGUUGGAAACGUUUCCCUAGAAAAAUCAAUAUAAUGAUUUUUCUUUAUAAAAUUAAUAAUUGUUAAUAAUUGUUAGUUGACUUAUUAUUCAACAUAUUUGCUGUUUUGUCGGACGUAUUCCGUGUCGUGUACUGUCGUGUUUCAUAUAUCGAUAAGUCUCGUCUUAUUGUAAUCAAUUUGCAGAGUUGGGUAAACUAAUUUUUACUUUUAAAAGAUAAUGCCCGUAAAAUCAAUUUAGGUAAACUGAAGAUUAUCUAAUUCGAAACUAAAUUAAAAGUUAAGUUAAAUUAACUUAAUAAAGUUAACAAAUUAAUUAUGCAGUCAUAUACGUAUAUACAUGCUUUUUUCAUAUAAUCAACUUUUUAAUCGUGAAUUUCUUCAUCGUAAAUUUAUGCUAUAAAAAAAGUAUUAUAAGAAAGUAUAUGUAUUAUAAAUAAUAUUAUAAAUGUAUUAUAAUAUAGUAUAUAUUAUAAAAAAGUAUAUGUAUUAUAAGAAAGUACUAACUUUUGUGUCUAGUAUUCCAUACAAAAAAAAGAACUAUUC